AUGGACAUAAAUCUGUCCCACAAUAAGAUCGGUGGAGUUUUGCCGGCAUCCUUGGAGAGUAUGGCCACCUUGAUGCUCUUGAAUUUGAGCUCCAAUCUCUUUCGAGGUCGCAUUCCUGUUUUGCCACCAAACCUACAAGCGCUGGACUUGUCCAGCAAUUCUUUGUCGGGAUCGCUACCCUCGACCAUCUCAUCACAGUUGGGCUACCUGUUCCUCUCCCACAACUAUCUUCAUGGAAGCAUACCGUCGUCCUACGUCUGCGACCUGCAGCAACUUUAUGCCCUUGAUCUAUCCAACAAUCAAAUAUCAGGAGAAAUCCCGCGUUGUCGGCCGGAGGGAUCACAACUUUUGUUUGUCAAUCUGGCGAACAACAAGCUACGAGGAAAGAUUCCUGACUCCAUCGGAAACUUGGGCAACCUUCAGUUCCUUCACUUAAACAACAACAGCCUCUUCGGACGUAUUCCUUCGUCGCUGAAAAAUUGCAGUCGGCUGGCUGUCAUUGAUCUCGGCAACAACAAAUUCUCGGGAAGUAUUCCAGCGUGGAUCGGACAAAGUUUACGGAAUCUGCAAGUACUCCUACUGCGCUCAAAUAUGUUUUCGGGCCAUAUUCCUCUGCAACUUGGACGAUCUAGUAAUCUUCAAAUCAUCGAUCUCUCCAACAACAGACUAUCGGGAUCGGUACCGCACUCUUUCGGCAACUUCAGCGCGAUGAUCUCCGCGUCAAAGUCGAUGGCUUCUACGGUUUCGAACAUUAUGAAUUUUGCGUUAUCCUCUUUCGUGGCAAGCGAGAGUAUAUCUCUGGUUACCAAGGGCGAUGAGUUCAGCUUCUCCACCAUUCUCCGAUUUGUGAAGAGCAUAGAUCUUUCGAACAAUGAUCUGAGCGGAGUGAUUCCUCCGGAAAUCGGUUCUCUUUUUGCGCUUCAAACAUUGAAUUUGUCGAGAAAUAGUUUUGAAGGCAUGAUUCCGAAAACAAUGGGCGAUAUGAAGUCAUUGGAAACUCUGGACCUAUCAUUCAAUAAGUUAUCCGGAGUCAUUCCUGAAAGCUUUUCGGCGCUGAAUUCUCUGAACCACUUGAAUCUGUCUUACAACAAUCUAUCGGGAGCGAUUCCAUCGGGGAAUCAACUUCAGACGCUGGAGGAUGCAUCCAUUUAUAUCGGAAAUGUCCAUCUCUGUGGUCCUCCGGUGACCAAGAGUUGCUCCGACGAUCCCAACGUCGAUUCGACAGAAGAGGAGUACAAACAAGGAUCUCAUGUGCUGUCAUUUUACUUUGGUACCGGGCUCGGAUAUUUGGUCGGCUUAUGGAGUGUGUUCGUCGUCAUGCUGUUCAAGAAAGAUUGGAGGCUCUUCUAUUUUGCAACGGUGGACAAGAUGUACGACAAAGCGUAUGUGGCAGUCAGGAUAAGAAUGCGAAAUUGACAUGACGCAGCAAUCAAAGGAAGGCCGGUUGAAUGUGAUGCAAGUUUCUUCUGUGUUAUAAGCCUGAUUUACUCCACAUUUCGGGAAUCUAUCUCUUUCGAGGCCAUCAGUCAUUGGUUUCUUCCAGAUCGACAUGAAAAAGGAGUGAAGGGAAGACUUCCCCGGGGAGGGUGGAUUCAUCUUGCUAAACUGCGCUACCGUUGGACUCUUUCCACGCGCUUUCCUUGGAGCCUGAUGGCGACGGCACUCGUUUUCGUUUGGAAGGUUCCGUGGAAAUAUAGUAGAAUUAAUCUCUGAAUCCGUCAGGUUGUACUCUCACCAGUAUAAUGUCCUCCUCCUCUGCUGUGGUGCCCGUGGUCUCCAUGCUGCUGCAGCCUACAGAGUCUUCGCUUCACGAAAGGUUUCGAGAGUCAUAAACUUGUUGUUCUGCAUUCGGAUCUGGCAAAAACAGACGCUUGAUAUUGAAGUUCAACUACACUAUGGGUCUUCCAGCAUUUGAUGUAAAAGAAGAUGUUUUCCGA